GACAAACACUUCCACAGUUUCGAUUUCUUCCAUGGCCCAUGGCCUGCUGUGCGCCGUGUGCGGAUGUCGGCUCCAAUCUUGCUGCUGAUCCCACCUUAAUUGGCUUCUCCUUGGAGGACUUGGAGAAGCCAGUGCCUGCAGAUUUGGCGGCUGAGGCCUGGCAGCACAGUGAGGAGCUACGAGAGUGGUUUGCAGGAAGCUCCAGUCUUGGUGUUCCGAGUGUUGGUGCUCCAUCCUCCACUUCAGCGCUCAGCCCAUCCUUGUUCCUCUCGCACCGCUCAGUGGCAACCGUUGAGAGCAGUUUGCCAGAGGUACGAGGUCUCAGCAGCACACAGUUUCACCCCUCUGUGGUGGUCCGAGGCGUUAGCCCGAACGUUCUUCUUCAUUCUGCCGGCGCGUUGCUGCAGAAUGGGCAAGGCAGGCGCAAUGAUGAGAGCUUGUCAGAGGAACUCCAAGCACCGGAGCUGGACAUCUUCAUUAGUCACAGUUGGAGCGUCGGCCGCUGGACAAAGUUCAUCGCCAUGGCGCUCUACUUCAACGGACGCCAAUCGGCCUUGAUCAGCUUGCUGGUGCAGGUCUUGUGCUUUGUUCUGACUGCAUCAGGCGUCAUGCCCCUUGUGGCCAGAGAUUCCACUGUACGGGGCAUUAGCCCCUGGUGCAUCCUGUUUGGCAGUGUGGCGUUCUGGCUGGCAAUUCUGAGCUGGCAUGAAGCAAUGCUGGCACUCAAGCGCAGAAAGCCCACUGCUUUCUUUGACACAGUGUGCAUAGAUCAGUCCAAUGAGGAGAAAAAAAAGAGAAGGUAUUGAGGCCAUUACGGCAUACCUUUGGCAUUCCAAGCGGCUCUUCGUGAUCCUCUCUGACGUCUACCUGCAACGAAUUUGGACAGUCUUCGAAAUGUCUGCUUUCUUGGCCGCCAAGACCUCCAACACACGCAUGGGCGGCAAUCGCAGCGGCCGAAACCUGUUUGAUUUUCAGAAGGAGGGUGGUGCCAAUGUCAUUGUGCAACCGGUGGCUCUGGCCAGCUUGGUGCCCACUUGUUUUGUUUUCCAAUGGGUACGGGCGCUGGGGGACUACGCGCGCUACAACCUCACGCAAUGGGGCAGGAAUGGAAUCGACACAGACCUGAUAGUGGCAUUGGUGUUUUCUGUACUUGCGCUCUUACAGAUCACUUCGUUGGUCCUGAUUUUGCAGAGAUGGGGGCGAACACGCGCCAACCUGAAGCAUCAAGUGGAAACCUUCUCGUUUAACGAAGCCAAGUGCCACCAUGAACCCGACCGAAAGCAGAUCUCCCUGGCGGUCAAGUACCUGGCAGAGAGAUCGAGGCUGGUGUCUUCAGAAGUGUCACUACAAGAGGCGCAAGAAGCUUUGGAAGGUCAUGCCCGUCAGAUGGUUUGGCCAGUCAUGGCCGGCGCGCUGUCUCACGCGGGGAUUCCCUUCUGGGAUGCUUGGGUCAUUGGCGUUCCGGUUGCGGCUGUAGCUUUGGAUGACAUUUCUGUGGACAUUGCGAGCGGUUUCGGCGUGAACUUCGUCGGGCUUUUGGCGCGCCUGGUCGCCGUGUUGAAUUUCCCCAUCGUGCUGGCACUCAUCUCUAUCUCUGCUUCGACUCAAUCCAGUUGCUGCUGGUGGAUGGUUGGAACAAUUCUUCGAGUGUUCUUUGUGACGGCCUUCACCUCCACCAGGGGAUGGAUGAAUGCUCAAGUGGAAGAAUAUGCCAAAGGCCAAGGCAUUCCAAGAUUGGGGCUUCUCUUGAGCCUCGUUUUCCUCGUGCAAAUCUUGGUUCUUUGGUGCAGCUAUGGUGAUGGUGUGAAACGCAUGAGACGUUGCAUUAGACGCUGCUGCUCGCGAGACUCGUGAUGUCAACAUGCUGCAGCCGCAAGAAGCCUGCUGGCUGGCAGAGGUGUUACUUGACUCCAGGAGUCAAGCAGCGGCUCUAUUUUUAUUGUGUAUUUUUAUUGUGUAUUUUUAAGUAUUUGUAAUCCUUAGACCGUGGAAGUCCAAAGCGUGUCGACAUUUGUACGCGC